CAGAAAGAUACGCUCUUUCAACAGUAUCUCCCGAAGCUCGGUGACGUACGGUGCUGAGCUCUCCCUAUUCCCAGACAAUGAAAAGGUUCAGAAACCACUUCAGCAAAUUUUUGCGAUAUAUAUGGAAUGCUACGAAAAGAUGCUGCAACACAUUGUAUCACUGCAAACCGCCCUAGUCGAAUUCGAAACCUUCCUCGAACAGAUCGAAUCUGCAUCCGGAACGAUAGCUACAUUAAAGGAGGAGUGGGAAGGGUUGGUCAACGAAGCUGCCAAAGAACUCGCAGCGGCCCGGCGGCACCCACUCAAUACAGCUACUACAACGGUACACUCGGCCCAAUGAAUCCUUACACGACAAGAGCGUCAUUUGAGUGGCAGGAGACAUUAGGGCAAGGCACAUAUGGACAAGUAUCAAAGGUCCGCGAAACAUCUACCGGGACGUUCUAUGCUCAAAAAAUCAUCCGCGUCACCGAUCCUAGGUCGAAAGCCCGAGUAGAAAAGGAGGUUCUUAACGGGGUGUCCAUCAUGCAAAAGCUUCGCCAUCACCAUAUCGCUUCAGUUCAGUUCCACGUCUUCGAGCUUGAUACAUACAGCAUCAUCAUGUUGCCAGUCGCCGAAUGCGACCUUCGGCGCUACCCGCGCCGAUGCAUCGACGCACAGUUUCCAAGAACAGACCUGACUCACCUCACGUCCUGGUUUGGAUGUCUCGUUGGCGCGCUAGCAUUUGCACAUUCCAAACACAUCAAACGCGAAGACAUCAAGCCUGGCAAUAUCUUAAUAAAGGACCACCAGCCUUACCUCGCUGGCUUUGGCUGCGCAAAGGACUUUUCAGGGCUGGAUAGUUCAACUUCUUUAGACACCCUUACAUUUGGAACACCAGUGUACUGGGCUCCGGAAGGCCAGCCACGAGGACGAAGCACUGAUGUCUUCUCUCUUGGAUGUGUCUUCAGCGAAAGCUCACAGUCAGACACAAACGAAGUCUGGAAGAAUACCAAGCCUUUCGAUAUGUUCAACAUCGCGAUAAUGCUUAUGCUUUCCGGGAGAACCUGGAUAAGGUUAUCGAUUGGCUAGACGACAUAGUUCCCCAAAGUGAUUCUGUCGGGAUCUUACUAAAGGAGCAGACUUUCAAGAUGUUGGAGCGCAAUGUGCCCAGAAGGAAAGAAGCGAAAGACAUCAAGCGAGGUCUCCGAUUGGAAGGGGAUACUGUUUUCUGUUCAACCUGCUUCUAACGGGUGGUCUGUCAAAAUGGAUGGGUCACUGAAGGCCUUUCA